AUGGCCAUCACAGGAGAGCUUUCAGCAAUUUCCCAUUCUUCCAUUUCACUUCCCCAAUAUCAUUCCCUAGCUUCAAUCCAAGGGCAUUAUCGUCAACCUUGCUAUAAACUUUCCCCCACACCUUCAACUUCAACUAACAAUACCCAUCUCUUGUCAUUAAAAACCACACCAAAUCUCUCUUUAUACCGCCCAAUUACCAUCAAACACCACUCUAGAAACCGGUUUUCCAGCGUGAUCAGCCGCAGCGUGGUCCCGGAAAAGCCCCCCACCGCCCUUUCUGUCGAUUUUGUUGAACCAACUGAACUCCAAACCGACAGUAGCGGUGGUGGCGGUGGUGGUGGUGGUGAAGGAAGCGACAACAACUGGGGCGGUGGAAGCGGCGGCGGUGGUGGUGGUGGAGAGGGUGGAGGAGCACCAGAAGAGAAUCAAGAACCGAAAAAGAUCGGCAUGUCGAUGUCUCAGAAGCUAACACUGGGGUAUGCCGUCUUGGUUGGGCUGGGUGGUGUGAUGGGGUUUUUGAAGAGUGGAAGCCAAAAAUCUUUAAUUUCCGGCGGGAUAUCGGCGGCAUUAUUGGUGUUUGUUUACACACAGUUGCCGGUGAAUCCUGUGUUUGCAUCGUGUGUUGGACUUGGUUUGUCUGGUGCUCUUUUGGGAGUGAUGGGAAUGCGGUUUAAGAAGUCGGGUAAAGUUUUUCCGGCGGGUGUUGUGUCGGUGGUGUCAUUUGUAAUGACUGGAGGCUACUUACAUGGUGUCAUGCGCAGUUUUCAUUAA